GUGACAGCCCGGAAGCAGCGGAAGCGGAUGAGGGUACCGCGGCCGCGGCCCUGGGGGGCGGCACGGAGCUGCGGGAGCCUCGGCCUCCUCCGGGCCGCCUGCGCGGCCCUCAUGCGGCGCCCUUGCUGACACCUGAAACCCGCCGCUCGCCGUCCUCCUGGGGACCGCGGGGUUCGCCGGGCCCGCCGCCCUUGGCGGUUGAAGUCGGCGGCUUGCGGGCCCGCGGCGGCCGCCCAUGGAGAAGGCCGGGCGGGGAGGCGAUGGCGCCCCCCGGGGGCCCGUACUGCACAUCGUGGUGGUCGGCUUUCAUCACAAGAAGGGCUGCCAGGUUGAAUUCUCUUACCCGCCCCUGAUUCCAGGAGAUGGUCAUGACAGCCCCACUUUACCUGAAGAAUGGAAGUAUUUGCCCUUCCUUGCCUUACCAGAUGGCGCACACAACUACCAGGAAGAUACUGUCUUUUUUCACUUGCCACCCAGAAAUGGAAAUGGAGCCACAGUAUAUGGUAUCUCCUGCUAUCGACAAAUUGAAGCCAAGGCAUUGAAAGUACGGCAAGCAGAUAUCACCAGAGAGACCGUUCAGAAAAGUGUCUGUGUUCUAAGCAAGUUGCCUCUCUAUGGCUUACUUCAAGCAAAACUUCAGCUCAUUACACAUGCAUAUUUUGAAGAGAAGGAUUUUUCCCAAAUUUCCAUUCUAAAGGAGCUUUAUGAGCAUAUGAAUAGUUCCUUGGGAGGAACUUCAUUAGAAGGAUCCCAAGUAUAUCUUGGUCUGUCUCCUCGAGAUCUUGUGCUUCAUUUUCGACACAAGGUCUUAAUCCUGUUUAAACUAAUUCUUCUUGAAAAAAAGGUUCUCUUUUAUAUUUCUCCAGUGAAUAAAUUGGUGGGUGCCCUGAUGACUGUGUUAUCCCUUUUUCCAGGCAUGAUUGAACAUGGUCUCAGUGACUGUUCUCAGUACAGACCCCGAAAGAGUAUGUCUGAAGAUGCUGGGCUUCACGAAAAUAAUCACCCUGCAGAUGAUUUUGUUUCUAUGUCUGUUCCUGACAUUUCAAAUACCAACUCAGGAACUGUUAAGAAAAUCAUGACAGGAAACCACGGAGGAGAUGCUGUCAUUAAGACCGAAGAACCAUUGCUCCAAGUAGAAGAUGACAGCAGCAAAGGACAGGAACCCAAUGAAACCAGUCAAUAUUUGAAACCUCCUUCUCGCCCAUCUCCAGAGUCUUCAGAAAGUGACUGGGAGACCUUGGAUCCUAGCAUCUUAGAGGACCCUACCUUGAAAGAAAGGGAACAGGGGUCAGAACAGACAAACUCAUUUCCAAAGGAGUCUGUGCCCUCAGACAGUCCUCCAAUUACUGUACAACCUCAAGCUAAUACAGGCCAGGUGGUACUGAUACCAGGGCUAAUUUCUGGUUUGGAAGAAGACCAAUAUGGCAUGCCCCUGGCCAUCUUCACAAAGGGAUAUCUGUGUUUGCCUUACAUGGCAUUGCAGCAGCAUCAUCUUCUCUCCGAUGUCACCGUCCGUGGAUUCGUUGCUGGGGCUACUAACAUCCUUUUCCGCCAGCAGAAGCACCUCAGUGAUGCCAUUGUGGAGGUGGAAGAAGCUCUGAUCCAGAUCCAUGAUCCAGAACUCAGGAAGCUGCUUAACCCAACCACCGCAGACCUCAGGUUCGCAGAUUACUUAGUGAGGCACGUGACAGAGAACCGGGAUGAUGUCUUCCUGGAUGGCACAGGCUGGGAGGGAGGUGACGAGUGGAUCCGAGCCCAGUUUGCAGUCUACAUCCACGCACUCCUGGCUGCCACACUGCAGUUAGAUAAUGAAAAGAUACUAUCGGACUAUGGGACAACCUUUGUUAUGGCAUGGAAAAACACUCACAACUACAGGGUGUGGAACAGCAACAAGCAUCCAGCACUUGCAGAAAUAAAUCCGAACCAUCCUUUUCAAGGCCAGUACUCCGUGUCAGACAUGAAGUUAAGAUUCUCACAUUCUGUUCAAAACAGUGAACGUGGCAAAAAAAUUGGAAACGUCAUGGUCACAACCAGCCGAAAUGUUGUACAAACAGGAAAAGCUGUUGGCCAGUCAGUUGGAGGAGCUUUUUCCAGCGCGAAGACAGCUAUGUCUUCGUGGCUUUCUACUUUCACCAGUCCCGCCCCCCAGAGUCUCACUGAGCCCCCCGACGGGAAGCCCUGAGCAAGGCGUCCAGAGGCUGCUGUCGCUUCCUUAGGUUUAAAUGUCUCCCAUCUGCUGCUCCCAGACUGUUCUCUUCAUCGGCCACAGGUCCACACAAGGGGACCAGGAUGUCGAACUGUUUACAGGGACAGUUGUCCUCUGUCUAAUUGAAUGUCGCAGGAUGCUGGAAAGAUGAAAUCGCAGCCAUAGCAGGGAUGGCUUUCCAGGUUGGGGUUUAAAUUGACUACUUUUAUUUCAGUCUGAGCCUGAUUAAAACACAGUGAAACUUCUAAUGAAUUUUCAGUUCUGAUAGUGUACAUUUGUUUACUUUAGACAAGUUUUUACUUAUGUAAAUUUUGUUCUCUUUUCCUGUUUGAAUAUCCAGAUGGCCAACUGUCAUUUAUAUGUGCUAAAAUUAAGUUAUAUUACUAUUCUAAUUUCUCUCAAGUUGGCCCUAAAAUGUGUUUAUAAAGUUAAGGGGCCAUACAAUCCAGCCCUUUGUUAUUACUUUGCUGAGUUAUAUGAUGAUUUUUUUUGUUGGUUUUCUGCCCACAAAAUAUAUUUAUCAGUUCACUUCCUCCCAGAAACAUGAAAACCAGAGGUGGUAGUUCUGAGGAUGGGAGUGUUUUGUUUCAUGUUUUUAAUUUAUUCUUUCCCAGUCCUAAACACUUGCUCUGAGGUGUCAAGGAGUGUCACUGUGCUUUCUUCCUCUUCCCAACUGUGCAGGUGGGUGUGCAGCGAAAUAGCAUGGUGCCAGUUGCAAUGGUGUUCAAGCAGGUUAACAUGAGUGUAUUUACAGUGGAGACUCUGGAAGACCUCGGUGUUAGUUCUGUCAACCCUAAUUAUGUUGCAGUCUUCUACAAGCAUUUUUUUUAACCCACAGUUUGUGCCUUCUGUUUCUUCUUUUGAACAGUUUUCCAUGGGUGUUUACAGAUGUACAGGUUUUUUUCUUAGUCUUACUCUUCAUACAGCUUUUCAAGGCAUUUGGCCUUCCCACUCCCUGAUGGAAAAUCGUUCUGUAAUCAGUCCCUACCCCCUUAUGAAAG